AAGAAGGUUCUCAAUGCAUGAUAGAAGUUGCCGAUAAUAAUGAUAUAUCAGAAGAUAGUUUUCAAAGUAUAAUAGAAGUUGAUAGUGAUAUACUAGAAGAAAGUUCUCAAAGUAUAAUAAAAGUUGAUGAUGAUGAUGUUAUAUUGGAAGAAAGUUCUCAAAGCAUUAUAGAAGUUGACAGUGAUGAUGAUGUAUUAGAUGGAAGUUCUCAAAGUAUGAUAGAAGUUGAUAACGAUGAUAAAGAAAGUUCUCAAAGUAUUAUAGAAGUUGGUAGUGAUAAUGAUAUACUAGGAGAAAGUUCUCAAAGCAUGAUAGAAGUUGAUUACGAUGAUAAAGAAAGUUCUCAAAGUAUUAUAGAGGUUGGUAGUGAUAAUGAUAUACUAGGAGAAAGUAAAGAAGAUAUAUUAAAAAUAAUAAAAAUUAUCGCAGAAAAACUUUCUAAGCAAUAG